AUGACGAACAUGGAGUCAGAAUUAAACAUAGUGAAUGAUAUUCUGAAGACAUAUAAAGCCAGUCUGAGGAAGAAGUUUGGAUUUGUGUUAGAAGGCACUGCAGUAGAUCGAACUCCCCUUAAUAGGAUUUACACACAGCUCUACAUCACACAGGGAGAGAGUGAAGGGGUUAAUAAAGAACAUGAGGUUCGGCUGAUUGAAUAUACAUCCAGGAGAAAAACAUCACCAGGCACACCUAUCGACUGUAAUAACAUUUUCAAACCCUCACAUGGAGAAGAGGAACACAUCAGAACUGUGCUGACGAAGGGCAUCGCUGGAAUCGGAAAAACAGUCUCAGUGAAGAAAUUAAUCGUCGACUGGGCAGAAGGACAAGCCAAUCAGGAUGUAGAUUUCAUCUUUGUGUUUCCUUUCAGGGAGAUGAAUCUGAUUAAAAACCAAUGCAGUCUUCAUGGACUUUUAAAUGGUUUUCACCCUGAACAUUCCGAGAUAGAAGACGCAAAGCAGUAUACUUAUUGUAAAGUUCUGCUCAUCUUUGAUGGUCUGGAUGAAAGCAGACUUCCUUUGGAUUUCCAAAACAACAAGACACUGUUUGAUAUGACACAGAUGUCAUCAGUAGAUGAGUUGCUGACUAACCUAAUCAAGGGGACUAUGUUUCCCAAAACGUUCCUCUGGAUAACCUCCAGACCAGCAGCAGCCAAUCUGAUCCCCCGUGACUUGGUCAGUCGGAUGACAGAAGUACGAGGUUUCACUGACACACAGAGAGAAUAAUACUUUAAGAAGCGAUUCGGUGACGGGAAACUAGCCAACAAAAUCAUUUCACAUGUAAAGACAUCAAGGAGCCGCCACAUCAUGUGCCACAUACCAGUCUUCUGUUGGAUAAUUGCAAAGGUUCUAGAGGACAUGUUUCGUGGACAGAGAAAUGACAGCGGAGAGAUCCUUACAACUCUGACUGAGAUGUACGCUCGCCUCAUGGUCAUUCAGAUAAACCUGGCAAAUGAAAAGUAUCAGGGGCAGAAUGAGAGGGAUAGACAGAAGAUCUUGGCAACAAAUAAAGUAUUCAUUUUGAACUUGGCACAAUUAGCAUUUGAACAGCUGCAAGAGUGCAAUAUCAUAUUAGACGAGGAAGACCUGAGAAACUGUGGGAUUGAUGUUAGUGAAGCCUCAACGUACUCUGAAUUUUGCACGGAAUUCCUCAAAGAAGAGUGUGGGUUGUAUACAAAGGUGUACUGCUUUGUGCACCUGACCUUUCAGGAGUUCCUUGCUGCACUGCAUGUCUUUCACUGCUUUCACAACAUCAAGGCCCAUGAGUCUUUCCUGGAGAAUGCUUCUGCAGCGCUUCUCUUGCAUGAGUUGCUGAAGAUGAUGGUGGACAAAGCUACGAAUAGUCCAAAUGGACACCUGGACCUAUUCCUCCGCUUCCUUGUUGGCAUAACACUGGAAUCCAAUCAGAGGCAGUUGCAAGGCCUACUUCCAAAGACAAAGUUCAGCUCAGAGACUGUUGAGGAGAUUAGGAAAUGCCUCAAGAAUCCUGGUGCACAUCAUGGCUCACCUGAAAGGUACAUCAACCUUUUCCUCUGUUUGACCGAGAUGAAGGACAAUUCAGUUCAUGAGAACGUUCAGAAGUUCCUUGAGUCAGGAGAAGAACUGUCUCCUGCUGACUGCUCAGCACUGGCCUAUGUGCUUCUGAUGUCAGAGGAGGUGCAGGAUGAGUUUGACCUGGUGAAAUACAACACAUCAGAGGAGGGUCAUGACAGACUGGUCCCAGCUGUGAGAAACUGCAGAAAGGCAAGACUGUCUGGCUAUACUCUUUCAAAUCAGGUCUGUGACACACUGGCCUCCGUUCUCCAAUCAGCAUACUCACCUCUGAGAGAGUUGGACCUGAGGAACAGUGAGCUGUUUGAUGAUGGAGAGUUUAUACUUUUUUCUGGACUGGAGGAUUCACACUGUAAACUGGAGACACUGAGUAUGAAGGAAUUGGACCUGAGUUACAACAGACUGAAGGAUUUUGGAGUGAAGCUGCUUGCUGCUGAAUUGUUGAGCCUGCACUGUAAACUGGAGAAACUGAGGCUGAAUCGAUGUUGUCUGACAGAAGACUGUUGUGAAGAGUUGGCCUCAGCUCUCAGUUCAACCUCCUCUCACCUGAGAGAGCUGGACCUGAGUCACAAUGACCUGCAGGAUUCAGGAGUGAAGUUGCUCUCUGAUGGACUAGGGCAUCAAAAUUGUAGACUAGAGAUACUGAGGCUAUCGUUCUGUAAAGUCACAGAGGAAGGCUGUGCUGCUCUGGCUUCAGCUCUGAGGUCAAACCCCUCCCACCUGAGAGAGCUGGACCUGAGCUUCAAUCACCCAGGAGACUCAGGAGUGAAGCUGCUCUCUGCUAAACUGGAGGAGGCCCAUUGUAAACUCAAUGUGGACCAUAAUGAAGAGAUCUGGAUAGAACCACAGCUGCUUAAGAAGUAUGCCUGUGAGCCCAUACUAGACCUAAACACAGUAAGCAGACUCCUAUCUCUGUCUCAACAAAACAGACAGGUGACAGGGGUUCGAGAGCAGCAGCCGUAUCCUGAUCACCCAGAGAGAUUUGACUGUCCACAGGUGCUGUGUACAGAGGGUCUGAGUGGGCGCCAUUACUGGGAGGCAGAGGGGAGUGGGCACUUGACUGUCAUAGGAGUGGCAUAUAAAGGAAUCAGCAGAAAAGGAAAUGGUCGUGUCUGUAAGCUUGGAUCCAAUGACAAUUCCUGGUGUCUAGCCUGCUCCAAGUACCAUGACUCUGCCGACUACAAUAAUGAAACCACUAAAAUAACCUCCCCCGCAACGCUAUCCGAGCAAAACAAGAGAGUAGGAGUGUUUCUGGACUGUCCUGCUGGAACUGUCUCCUUCUAUGAGGUCUCCUCUGACACAAUGACCCACCUUUAUACAUUCCAGACCACAUUCACUGAGCCCCUCUAUCCAGCAUUUGGAAUCGAGACUACAAACUCCUCAGUGUCUUUCGGGGUUGCCAGUAGUCCUGUAGAGGCUAAGAAGCCGUCGGUGGAAGAAUUUCAAGAAUUGGGUGGUUUUUCCUUAAUUGGAGGAUUUCUUCAUAAAAAUCUUUUCCAUUACAGAAACUGA